CAUGAUGCAUCAGGGCAUGAUGCAUCAGGGCAUGAUGCAUGGAAUGAUGCAGCAGGGCAUGGCUCAACAGAGCAUGAUGCCACAGCAAGGAAUGAUGCCACAGCAAGGCAUGAUGCCACAGCAAGGAAUGAUGCCACAGCAAGGCAUGAUGCCACAGCAAGGAAUGAUGCCACAGCAAGGAAUGAUGCCACAGCAAGGAAUGAUGCCACAGCAAGGAAUGAUGCCACAGCAAGGAAUGAUGCCACAGCAAGGAAUGAUGCCACAGCAAGGAAUGAUGCC